AUACAGCGUGUGUAAAAAUGUAAAUACAAUUUGUAUAUGUUAGGAGUGUGAGGGCCGAAUGCGAAAAGCAAUGGGGAGGGAGGGGUGAAUACCGAUUUAAGAGACGGCUUUAACUCAAGGGUCAAGUACUCCUCUGGAACACUUCAUGGGUUUUGCACAUGCUUUCCCCGUCGCAUAUAUUAAUUUGCAUACCUCACUUAAAUGCACUUCCAAGAAGAAAUUCUGUGUUUGUUCUGCAAAAUUCAACAGUGACAAUGACCCGUUACUCCUUGCUGCCACUGCCUCUGCUUCUCUUCGUUACCAGGAAACACUUCGACCAGAGCCUCUGUUUCUAGACCCAUAUGCUGGUUGUUUUGUCGCUCAUAAUACUCCUAAGGAUGUGACUCAGGACUUGCAUCCCUAUUGUCUUGCAACCAAGUUCAUUGAUGAUAAGCUGCUUAGUACAGUGAGCCUUAUUGAUGGACUAAAGCAGCUAGUUUUGUUGACAGAUGGCAUGGAUACACGGCCAUACAGACUUAAGUGGCCCACUUCGACCAUAAUAUUUGACAUAUCCCCAGAAUGUGUAUUUAAAAUUGCAGCUGAGAAGCUUAAAGCUUCAGGUGUUGGUGCUAAGAUUCCCAAAGGUUGCAUAUUCUAUCAUAUUCCACUGGAACCAUCUGACAUAGAGAAGACUAUACAAUUUAAGGGCUAUAGUGGUAGUAGACCAAGUAUAUGGGCCUUACAGGGAUUUCCUGUGAUGACACCGGAAAAUUUUGAAGAGGUAUUAUCAAUGAUAAGCAGUUUGGCCAUGAAGGGAUCCCUUUUUGUGGGAGAACUACCUGCCAGCUUAGCUGAGAUAGACAUAGAAAUCAAGGUUAGUUUGCAAUUAAUUAAUUCAAUUAAAAUAAUUUUCUUCUUCAAGGAAAAAAAGGAAAAAGAAAAUCUUUUAUGGUCCCUUACUCAGUCCAAUACAAGGCAAUGGGUAGAUAAACUAUUCAUGAGCAAGGGAUUUCGGGUGGAAAUGAUCAACUAUGAAGGGGUAGCAGAGAGUUUUGGUAAAGACUGUGCAUCGGGGCACUACAAUAAUAUACUAUUUAUUGCAGAACAGCUGCUGCAUUCUGAUGAUGAGAUGGAAUCAUGGAGACGAGAAUUUCAAAGGGUAGAGAAUGAAGGAGAUGAAGAAGGUUUCGAAGAGUUGUAGAAUAAGCUUCACUUCACCCUGAUUAACCUUAAAAUGAUACUUCUCUGUUGCUAAAAGGGUCUAAACUUCGUAGCAUUUCCCAUAUACAAUUCUUCUGCUCCAUGAGACUGCGCAUAUUGACAACAAAACAUCCAAAACUUGGUUGCACAGUAUUCUCCUUGCCUAAAACGGUAAGUGCAACUUAUUUAUGCUUAUAUUUAUGUAUUGUCCUCUAUACAUAUGAUGGUAUACCCAAUACUUGUAUAUCUUUGAAGAAGUGCUCAGUUAUGAAUUAAAGUGCAAUAUAAUUUAGCUGAGCAGAUUCAAAUUAUUUAUAAUCAAAUAUAGUAGCUGAUUGUAUUUGCACAUCAGUAAGCUCCAUCA